UGCGUGCGUCCGUCCGUCCGUGCGUCCGUCCGUCACAAAGACCUAGGCGCCGCAGAAUGGAGUAGCCAUGGAGUGAAGAGUCCCAACACUAGUCUCCCGAGUUUGAGGUGGAAAAAAUUCGGUAAGUUGUUGUGUAAGGGAAGUUCAAUGACAAAUCUGAGGCCUUAAUCUAAAGCACUUUGUUUCUGGUUUAGUUUUGCCCAAGUUUGACGUGACCGUAUACGCACCGCAGACCUACAGCGUUGCAGUUAUGGGACUGAAAGUUGAGUCUUGUGCCAAAUGUACAUAUGGCCAACCUGUACCUGGUCAAGCCUUAGUGGAAGUGUGCCGUGAUCCAUUUCCAUACAGUCUGCUUCAUGAUUUGAUCAGACAGUGCCUGACUCAAACCGCAAAGAUGAAUACCACGGGCUGUGCCUCUCUUACUGUUGAUGUGUCAGUGUUUUUCAAAACCAAAUUUGAAGACCAAAUGCAAGACACAUUUCUUGUAAAUGUUACUGAGGAGGGAACAGAUGUAAUGGUGUCAAAAUCUGCAAUGGUGUGCAUUACAAAGAAAUCUGUAUAUCUCUUGGAGGGGAGCACAUAGCCCAGAGCACCAACGAACUGACCGGAUGCAUGGAGAAUCAGGAUGCCUGGAGGCAAUGAUGGAAGGCUGGUCUGAGGACGACUUGGAUAGAACCACACCCAUACUGAUGUAUGAAUCGAAAGAAGAGAGUAAAAAAAACCUUUAUUGUGGAACAAUCUGUAGCGGUUGUCACCCAGUUCAAGAUCCGCACCUCAACAACUUUCAUACAAAAUUUGGUCCUUCGAGCCGGAGCAGACAGCUACUACAGCAUUACCAUGUCUAGAACAGAAAGACAGGCUACGUCAGUGCCACCAGUGGUUCGACCACGUCGACAGGUCAUCCCACCAAGAUACUUGGAUGACCUCUAUGUUGAUUACACAGUGCCACAUCAGUUACUACAUUCUGAUGAACAUCCUACAACUGGUGCCACUGGAAAACCUGGUAAAAGGCCUGCAUUUAAAGAGUUCACAUGUAUUGAAAGCGGACCAGAACUAACGAAAAGUACAAGCACUGGAUCAAGUGAGAGGAGUUCGUAUGUGGAGACAUAUCAAGAUUUGUCACCGCCGCGGCCAAUGCCCCGUACUCUGACUUCUCCAAGGUGAAUAAUGCAGAUCAGAGAGUUCUCUCCUCAAGUCCAUAUACAGCAGCCACUGAGGGCAGGCCAGUUCUGCCUAGAGAUCAAGACGAUUCUCCUCAGCCCAUGAGGGCACUGUCUGUAGAUUCACGA